GGGGUUCCCAACCCCCACCCCACCCUGGGGCCAGCUUUCUCCAGCAGGUGCCGCUCCUAAGCAAGUCCCACUACAGGCAGGCCAUCCCUGCUGGCUCCCGUGGGUGUGGUUCCAGGUGGCCUGUGACUGCUUUGUCCCAGUCACCAGGAACAGGUUAUUUGUUUCCCAGCUCCGAGCUGAGAGGGUUCUUGGAAGGCUGUCCCACCGGCUUCUCGACAUGGCUCUCAAAGAGGGACUCAGGGCCUGGAAGAGAAUCUUCUGGCGGCUGAUCCUACUUGCAGUUGGCUUCUCAGGGCUGCUCCUGUACGGGCUCCCUGCAGUCAGGUAUCUGGAAACCUUCAUCCCCAUGGGCACCUGCCCUUUGUCCAGAAUGUCCCUGCUGAGGGACAACUUCUCGGGUCUCCUACGUCUCUGGGCCCGGCCGGAAGUCCUGACCUGUACCCCCUGGGGGGCCCCCAUUAUUUGGGAUGGCACUUUCGAUCCAGACACGGCCCAGCAAGAGGCUAUACAGCAGAACCUCACCAUCGGGCUGACUGUCUUUGCCGUAGGCAGGUACCUGGAGAAGUACCUGGCGCGCUUCCUGGAGACGGCCGAGCGGCACUUCAUGGUGGGCCAGCGUGUGGUCUACUACGUGUUCACCGAGCGCCCAGCCGCCGUGCCUCGCCUGCCGCUGGGCCCCGGCCGCCAGCUGCGCGUGGAGCGCGUGUCCCGCGAGCGGCGCUGGCAGGACGUGUCGAUGGAGCGCAUGCGCACGCUGCACGCGGCGCUGGGCGGCCGGCUGGGCCGCGAGGCGGACUUCGUGUUCUGCAUGGACGUGGACCAGUACUUCAGCGGCGCCUUCGGGCCCGAGGCGCUGGCCGACUCGGUGGCGCAGCUGCACGCCUGGCACUACCACUGGCCGCUGCCAAUGCUGCCCUACGAGCGGGACGCGCGCUCGGCCGCCGCACUGGCGUCGGGCGAGGGCGACUUCUACUACCACGGCGCCCUGUUUGGGGGCACGGUGGAGGCGGUGCGCGGGUUGACGGCGCACUGCGCGCGGGCCCAGGAGCAGGACCGCGUGCGCGGCCUGGAGGCGCGCUGGCACGACGAGAGCCACCUCAACAAGUACUUCUGGCUGCAUAAGCCCGCCAAGGUGCUGUCGCCUGAGUUCUGCUGGAGCCUGGAGAUAGGCCGGCGGGCCGAGAUCCGCCACCCGCGCCUGCUCUGGGCGCCCAAGGAGUACGAUCUGGUGCGCGACUAGGAACCAGGGCCAAGCCUCGCCCCACAUGUGGGACGGACACCUUGGGCCCUGGGAGGAUAUGGAGUGGGCCAAGCAGCAAGGAGAGACCCUGAAGCCGUCGGGGAUCCUUCUGGAAGCAGCAUGGCACUCUGGAGGACAAGGAGAAACGGGACGAAAACAGCUCCCCGCCACCUCUUGCAUGUGAGAGGAGGCCGCCCUGGCCUUUGAGAGUUUUGUGUUGGUCCCAGCCUCUGAGCAAGGUAGCGGAUGGACCUGCGCAUGCUGUUCUUUCAUGAUUGCAAGAUGCCCUUCAGCAAAAACCAUCAGGACACCGGAGAGAAUAAAGAUUCAUUACUUACGGGACCCAGAAAUUAUACAGCACACCUGGGGCCACGCGGCAAGGUCUCGGCGGAGAGAGAGGGUGGGCCUGGGGUUCCACUUUUAUUGGGAUCCAAGGUAGGGUUCAGGGUUUCGUGGACUCUUUUGGUGAAUUCGAAAUGUGAGAGCAGAAAUGUAAAGCUCAGGAAGAGAAA